AUGAAUGGCCUGGGGAGUGCGAGUGCGUGCAAUUUGGGAAGUUUUAUCCAUCUGAGGGAUUUAGACGAUUCUGAAUUGGAAACCCAAGAAAAACUAAAACAAGCGGAGGCGAAAAAGUUUGCCCUAAAAUACGAAGAAAACAGAGAAGACAUCCUGCGAAGAAUCACCCACAGCCUGAGGGACAACUACUCCAACGACCCGAGUGGCGGCCUCCAAAGUUACUUGUCUCAGAAGAGGCACCAAGUUGACUCCCCCAUAACCACCGACAACUCCAAUGUAGAACUUAUAAAGAAUAUGAGCUCAACGCACGGCCUUUUGAAGAUAUUCCUCAUAACCUUCUUCGCCUCCCUGGUGUUUUUUGCCUUCGUAGUUUUAAUAAAAUAUGUGUACAGCAAAUUCAAAAAGCACAUGGAAAAUCGGCUGCACAAGUACAGUAAUGGAGUGGAAGCGCUAAACUACCUCCCCUAG